CCAACGGCUCAUCAAGCAUUCAAGCGUCACUAUUUCCAUACCUGCUACUGAUCUGUUUGCCCCCCCGCCCCCCUGGUCCCUUCAGCACCCAGUUGUCCUCUUCACUUUGUCCUGAUGAAGGAGGCUGACGCCAUCAAGUUAUUUGUGGGGCAGAUUCCCCGGAAUCUGGAGGAGAAGGACCUUAAACCUAUCUUUGAGCAAUUUGGAAAGAUCUAUGAGCUAACUGUGAUUAAAGACAAAUACACUGGCAUGCACAAAGGAUGUGCGUUUCUGACAUACUGUGCAAGAGAGUCGGCACUGAAAGCCCAGAGCGCUCUUCAUGAGCAGAAAACACUACCAGGGAUGAAUCGGCCAAUCCAGGUGAAACCAGCUGACAGCGAGGGCAGAGGAGGUCUCUCAGAGGACAGGAAGUUAUUUGUGGGCAUGUUGGGAAAGCAACAGAGUGACGAGGACGUCAGAAGGCUGUUCGAGCCCUUUGGCAGCAUAGACGAGUGUACUGUGUUGAGAGGACCCGAUGGCACCAGCAAAGGAUGCGCGUUUGUAAAAUUCCAAGGGCACGCUGAAGCUCAAGCUGCCAUCAACAGCUUGCACGGGAGUCGCACAAUGCCGGGGGCGUCAUCUAGUCUGGUGGUGAAGUUUGCGGACACAGAGAAGGAGCGAGGACUGAGGAGGAUGCAGCAGGUGGCCUCCCAACUGGGCAUCUUUAGCCCCAUGACCCUCAACUUCCCCGCCUACAAUGCCUACACGCAGGCGGUCAACGCACAGCUUGUCCAACAGCAGGCCCUGGUUGCCCAGUCAGCGUACUUGUCUCCAGUGGCAACAGUUGCUGCUGUACAGAUGCAGCAGAUGGCAGCGCUCAAUGCCAACGGAAUCAUCGCCACACCCAUUACACCCAUCACACCGUCCUCGGGGACAAACACUCCACCAACUAUUGCAGCAACGCCCGUGCCCGCUCUCCCCCCUCCAAUAGGUGUGAAUGGUUACAGCAGCGUGCCAGCUCCCACCAACGGACAGCAAACAGAGACAUUAUACUCCAACGGUGUCCACCCUUACCAAGCUCAAAGUCCUGCAGCCGCCUUGGAUCCUCUACAGCAGGCCUACGCAGGCAUGCAGCACUACACAGCGGCGUACCCUGCUGCCUACGGAUUGGUCGGGCAGCCGUUCCCCCAGCAGCCAACACUGGUUGCCCAGCAACACCAGCCGCCCCAGCAACAGCAGCAACGAGAAGGUCCAGAGGGGUGUAACAUCUUCAUCUACCACCUGCCCCAGGAGUUCAGCGACUCUGAGAUGCUACAGAUGUUCCUGCCCUUUGGCAAUGUCAUCUCAGCUAAAGUGUUUGUGGACCGUGCCACCAACCAGAGUAAAUGCUUCGGAUUUGUGAGUUUUGACAACCCAGCCAGCGCUCAAGCCGCCAUCCAGGCCAUGAAUGGCUUCCAGAUCGGCAUGAAAAGACUGAAAGUGCAGCUCAAAAGGCCCAAAGAUGCUAACCGCCCCUACUGAGCGACUGCUGACUGGAGGAAGGACAAAUGAAGAGAGGUGACCGUUCAGAGUCCGGCCCGAGAAGGAAUCCCAGGGUUCAUUGUGCUUUCAGACUGUCUGCGACCCGUGAGCGUUCGAGGAGUGCCGCCACAUACAAACACACACUCUUAAUAUACAUGCACUCUCAACACUGAAGCUCAGACAGUACAAGACUGAAAUGUACAUAAAAGUGCACAAACACACAUAAACAUGCCUGCCGAUACUCACACAGACACACACACCUUUCACACGCACGCACACACACACACACACACACACACACACACACACACACCAGUCAGUAAUCUUACCCAUGCAGUCAGGACCUUGGUUGGAUCUUGUGAGUCCGAGUGGAACAGGGUGUUUGGUACAUCUAGGACAACUCAGACCAAGUGUACAGGAGGGUACAGAUGAACGCUGCUGAUAUAUCACUUCAGUAGACUUUAACAUGUCUAUACCAUGUCUAUUACAUGACAAAUAUAGAGGGACCGAUGUUUCAUAAUAAAAAAAGAAAGAAAAAAAAAACAAAAAAAGAAGCAAAAAAAAAAACGCUAAAUAAGUAGGCUAGAGAGACGUUGGAGAAGAUCCUAAUGACCUGUAAAUAGUUUAGUUUACAAAGAGCAGCAUUUAAAAAACAAGAAAAAAUGCAAAAAGACGACUACUUUAGAUAAACACUGAACAGGACACAGCAACAUUACUAUUAUUAUUAUUAUUAUUAUUAUUAUUAUUAUUAUUAUUAUUAUUAUUAUUAUUAUUAUUAUUACUGCCACUAGUAACAUCAUCAUCAUCAUCAUUAAAGGAUAUUACAUUCCAAAUUGUAAAAUGGGAAAUCACUAACCUAUUUUAAAUUUCUACUUAGAUUUUAGGUGAAACACGGGGGAGGGGGGGAUUGCACUUUUAUUCGGGAGGUUUUAAUAUUUGAGCUAUUUUUUAUUUAUUUACUAAUUUAUCAAUUAUUUUGUUUAUUGGGAGAAGGGGUUUGAGUGGGUUGCAAUAUUUUGAUUUUAGAAUUUUCUAGAGAAAAAAAAA